AUGACCUCACUUCUACUGGCCGCUCCACGGACCAAUGGCAUGAAGUCACAUCCGGAAGAUAAUGACGAAGACUCUUCUCCUCCCACAAGAAUCAAGAGGUCAAGAGGCCGAAAAACUACGAGUCGUUCUGAGAAGAGGAGGGCCUCUUCUACACGGACCUCGACCAACACGACUUGGAUAUCCAAUUCCUCUUCGAAAAGAAGCCCACUGGACCGAGCCGUUCCCUAUUCAUUACGGCCAACUCCAAUACCUACAAAAUCUUUAAGGCGCAUGAACAGCUCCGCGCCACAAUCUUGCUCCUCCUCAAUGGUGUUCAAAGAAACAAGCCGACGGAAUACUUCACAGCCCAGACAAGGUCCCAGUCUCCGAUAGGUCAUCCUAGACGGAACCAUCCACUAUAAAUUCUCCAAUUACCUCUUGGUGAGACGGCCCAGCUGACAAGCAGAGAGUGGCUGUCAAACUGGCCAUCGUCUCCGCUCGGUUGACAGUUGAUGAAAUAACAGAGGAACUCUUCCCCGACGAUCGCUUAGUUACGGCGCUCUGCAAGGUAUUAGAUUCCCUCGGACUCUUCAGUGAGCUCUGGUGCUUUGCAAACGAGGCCUUGGACCUCGAACGGGCUGGGCAGAUCAUAGAGCCAACGCCCGACAAGUCCACCAUAGACGUCGAUCAUUCUACAAAUCAAGACGAACUCAUAUUAAAGAAGAAGAAGAAGAAGAACACUAGUUCAUCGACAGACAGAGACAAGCAACCCACAAUGUCAAAUACUAAAGCUCUAGUCUCUGACCAGAGGGCGGUCCAGGAGCCUUCCGCACACCACAAACGUGUUGAUAAUCCCCCGAAACCCUUCAUCUCAACACUCGGCGACUCGGCCGCAGACGACGCAGCCUGA